CCAUGCUCAGUCCCUGGCAGCGCUGCAAGCCUACGCGCACUGGCUCGCACAAUUCUACAGCGAAGUUCACCGGCAGAACCCGGAGCAGUUCAUCUCUCUCGUCUCUACUGCUCUGGAGGCAAUCACACCCCUCAUCAGCUCUAAGGUGCAGGAGAAGUUGCUGCUGUCUGCAUGCCACCUGCUAGUCUCUUUAGCCACCACAGUGCGACCGGUGUUCUUGAUCAGCAUCCCAGCAGUACAGAAGGUGUUCAACAGGAUCACGGACACUUCUGCUCAGCGGCUUCCUGAUAAGGCCCAGGUGCUGGUGUGCAGAGCACUGUCAAACGUAUUGUUGCUGCCUUGGCCAAAUCUUCCAGAGAGCGAACAGCAGUGGGCAGUUCGCUCCACCAACCACGCCAGCCUGAUCUCUGCCCUCACGAGAGAAUACCGCCAGUUAAAAUCCAACGCUAUCUUGCCACAGAGGAAGGUGCAGCUGGAGGACACCAAAGUAAUCAUCCAUCAGACACUCAGCGUUUUAGAAGAUAUUGUAGAAAGUAUCUCUGGAGAAUCCACCAAGUCUCGACAGAUCUGUUAUCAGUCGCUGCAAGAAUCCGUGCAGGUCUCACUAGCCCUCUUCCCAGCUUUCAUUCAUCAGUCAGAUGUGACAGAUGAGAUGCUGAGCUUCUUCCUCACUCUAUUUCAAGGACUGAGGGUGCAGAUGGGAGUGCCUUUCACGGAGCAGAUCAUACAGACCUUCCUAAACAUGUUCACCAGAGAGCAGUUGGCAGAGAGCAUCCUCCAUGAGGGCAGCACUGGCUGUCGGGUGGUGGAGAAGUUUCUGAAAAUACUGCAAGUGGUGGUACAGGAGCCAGGCCAAGUAUUCAAGCCUUUUCUACCCAGCGUCAUCUCGCUGUGCAUGGAGCAGGUCUACCCCAUCAUUGCAGAGCGCUCAUCUCCUGAUGUGAAAGCAGAAUUGUUCGAGCUGCUUUUCCGGGUCCUCCACCAUAAUUGGCGGUACUUCUUCAAAUCUAGCGUGUUGGCUAGUGUCCAAAGAGGAGUAGCAGAAGAGCAGAUGGAGAACGAAGCACAGUUCAGUGCCAUUAUGCAGGCAUUUGGCCAGUCCUUCCUGCAACCUGACAUUCACCUGUUCAAGCAGAAUCUCUUCUACUUGGAGACGCUGAACACCAAGCAGAAGCUGUACCACAAGAAGAUCUUCCGGACAACCAUGCUGUUCCAGUUUGUGAACGUGCUACUUCAGGUGCUUGUCCACAAGUCGCAUGACCUGUUGCAGGAGGAGAUUGGCAUUGCCACCUACAAUAUGGCCUCAGUGGACUUUGAUGGCUUCUACUCUGCCUUCCUCCCCGAGUUCCUGGCCAGUUGCGAUGGCGUGGACUCAAACCAGAAAAACGUGCUGGGAAGGAAUUUCAAAAUGGACAGGGAUCUGCCAUCGUUUACCCAGAAUGUGCACAGACUGGUGAAUGACCUGCGUUACUACAGACUCUGCAAUGACAGUUUGCCCCCUGGAACUGUGAAACUAUAGUUACUGCACUGGACUCGUGUUUUGAUCACUGUAGGGAACGGAUCCAUGUUUCAUUUUGCCACCACCUUCUCUCCUCCCUGGUUUUGUCAGGACGCGGUGUCUUGCACAUGGGCACAUCUUCUCGGAUUCACGCACCACGCUUCCUUCCCCCCCGCCCCUUUCCCAACCCAAAGGCCCCCAGAUGGAGUCGUCACUGUCUGCAGGAUGUGUCUUAACGCCCAACCGCAGGGCGCCUCAAC